UAUGUGCUCAUCAAUCAAAGCAGAAAUUGUGACACAAUAGAGCGCAGUAUGUACUACUACAAGAUCCCCACUGAUACAGUACCUAUGCCUCUGCUGCUACUCUUCAGCCUCACAGUUGCGCUGCAAUUCCAAGCCAAGACGAUGGCUUCGCCAGGAUCCAGCUGCCCAAAGCGUUGCGGCGAUGUGGACAUUGUAUACCCAUUUGGGAUUGGUGCUGGCUGUGCAAUGGAAGGAUUUGAGCUCAAUUGCAGCAAGACUGAGGAUGGCCACAGCAUCUUGACGUUCCUUGGAGUAAUUCCAGUGCGGAAUAUAUUGCUGCUCGAAGGUCAGGUUCGGAUCAUGAAACACAUCUCAACCUUGUCCUACAACCGCAUGAGCAAGAAGAUCGACCAUGAUAUAUGGGGCCGGGACCUCUCCAAAACGCCAUUUACAUAUUCAGCGAGUUCCAACACGUUUACGGUCAUCGGUGUCAACACUCUCGCAUACAUGACGGAUAAUGUCCAUGUGAUUAUUGGGUGUGUGUCACGGUGCUGGCCCUACAGCAACAUCACGGCACAACAAGGGAUAUGCCACGGUGCCGGCUGCUGCCAGGUUGCAUUCAAAGCGGACAUGUCCUAUGACGGUGUGUAUUUCAAUGAACUAUACAACACUACGGAUUACUAUACCAGCAGAAGCACCACAGACAGGGCAGAGUACAGGGGCUAUGCUGUGCUUAUGGAGUCCAACGCAUUCCGGUUCAACACAACAUAUCUGAAUACAACAGCUUUUUUUGAUGAGCACGCUGGUCGUGUCCCAGUGAUCUUGAACUGGGCAGUGGGUAACGAGACGUGUGAUGUAGCGAGGGAGAAAAAUGAUUCAUAUGCUUGCCUCAGCACUGACAGCAAUUGCGUUAAUUCCAGAAGUGGCUCAGGUUACCUCUGCAACUGCAACGUAGGAUACCAGGGAAAUCCUUACCUUCGUGAUGGAUGCCAAGAUAUUGAUGAGUGUACUGCCAGCAAACCAUGCGCCGGCUGCAUCAACACUCGUGGAAGUUACAUUUGUCCACCUUCAAGAUCCUUGAACGUUGUGGCACUAGCUGUGGGUUCAAGUAUCGGAGUUGUAAUUGUGGUCAUAGCCAUCACCUGCACGUACUUGUUCCGUGAAAGGAAGAAGUUGGCCAACAUCAAGCAGAAGUAUUUCCAACAGCAUGGCGGGAUGCUUCUGCUGCAGGAGAUAAGGUUAAAGCAAGGAAUUGCCUUCUCCAUCUUCACCGAAGCAGAGCUCAUUGAGGCAACGGACACGUUUGACAACAAGAACAUCCUUGGACGUGGUGGCCAUGGAACCGUCUACAAGGGCACGCUCAAGGAUGGUAGUCUGAUCGCAGUCAAACGGUGUAUAUCGAUGACCAGUGAGCAGCAGAAGGAGGAGUUCGGCAAAGAGAUGCUCAUCCUUUCCCAGAUUAACCACAAGAACAUUGUGAAGCUACUGGGCUGCUGCCUUGAAGUAGAGGUUCCAAUGCUGGUCUAUGAGUUCAUCCCGAACGGCACACUGUUUCAGUUCAUCCAUGGUGGCAAUGGCUGCCACAACAUCUCAUUCUCAACUCGGUUACGCAUUGCCCUCGAGUCUGCUGUGGCCUUAGCUUACCUGCAUUCAUGGGCUUCGCCUCCAAUCCUUCACGGCGAUGUCAAAUCCUCCAAUAUACUCCUCGAUGAGAACUAUGCAGCUAAGGUAUCAGACUUUGGGGCCUCGAUACUGGCACCAAGUGAUGAAUCUCAGUUUGUCACACUUGUGCAAGGGACUUGUGGGUACCUAGACCCUGAGUAUAUGCAGACGUCCCAGCUGACAGAUAAGAGUGAUGUCUACAGUUUCGGCGUCGUUCUCUUGGAGCUUCUCACUGGCAAGAAGGCGUUCAACCUUGGAGGGCCUGAAAACGAGAGGAGCCUUUCACAACGCUUCUUAUGCACCGUGAAGGAGGGCAGACUCAUGGACAUCAUUGACAACCGAAUCAUGAACGAGAACGAUAUGGGAUUGCUGGAGGAGGUCGCGGAGCUCGCGAGGCAGUGCCUGGAGAUGGUUGGCGAGAGGCGACCGGCAAUGAGAGACGUUGCCGAGAAGCUGGACAGGCUGAGCAAGGUUAUGCAGCACCCUUGGGUGCCUGCGCAACAUAACCCCGAAGAGAUGGAGAGCCUGCUUGGGGAGUCGCCUGUGGCCAGCUUGGAGAUGAUCAGCUCUGGGAAUUUCAGCAUGGAGAAGAGGAUCGUGCAAGGGAUGAUGGAGUCUGGCCGUUAGAUUUGGCCCCAUCAUAAGCAGUCACAGAUACAUGGUGAUCACCUGACGUGCAUUUUUGCAUACAUCUCUUUGUUUUAACGGUGAUCUGCUAUACUUCAGAGUAUGUGUAGUUAGGUUGCUUUGGGCGAAGUGAGUUAUCAGAUUUGCUUGAAUUCAACUGACUGUUCUUUCAUUUUCGAAGAUCAAUUCCACUGACUGUGCAUUUAUAUGUUUGCAGUAAAUAUAAUUGAUUGUCACUUA